UAAAUAUGAAGGCUGAAAUAAAGAUGUUCAUUCAACUUUAAAAGUGUAAGAAGUUACUUACAACAAGCUCGAAUUGUUUAAAGAAUUGGAAAAAACUGAAUUGAACUUUUUUCACUAUGGACGGAAAAGCAACUAUUAUUGUUCAUCAAUUUGGACGUGGACCAUUUUGUCCCAGUUUUACUCCAUUUGGUGUGAAACUAGAAACAUACCUGCGCAUGGCCAACAUCAAAUAUACAAAUGUAAAUGAUUGUAAGGUUUCUAAGAAAGGUAAAAUGCCGUGGAUAGAAUUUAACGGUCAGGAAGUAAAUGAUUCGAGUUUCAUCAUUGAAUUCCUUAACGAAAAAUACAAGCAAGAUUUUAACAGUCAUUUGAGCAGCUCUGACAAAGCUGUAGCCAGAGCCUUUCAGAAAAUGGCAGAGGAAAAUCUUUACUGGUGUAUGGUUUUACAUAGAUGUGUAUAUGACAAACAAGACUGGGUGUGCAAGGCUCUUGGUGUCAAUAGAUUUCUGGCCUGGUUGUUCUCCAGACAUAUAAAAAGUCGAGCAGAACAGCAAGGCAUCGGUCGCCAUAGUUUCGAAGAAAUGGUACAUAUAGAAGAGGGCGAUUUGAAAGCGAUGUCUGAAUUUUUAGAUACCAAGAAGUUUUUCUUUGGUGAUAAACCAUGCGAGACGGAUUGUGCUUUAUUUGGACAGUUAAGUCAGUUUAGAUGGCAAUUACCUGGUACCAAGGGUGAAUAUUUUGUAAACGAAAAAUAUACCAAUCUACGCGAGUAUUGUGAUCGCAUGAUGGAGAUGUUCUGGCCGGACUGGGAUAAAUGUUGUUCGGGUGAUAAUGAAGAGAAAAAAGAAAAAUGCUAAUUUACGAACAUUGUAAUUGUUCAAUAUAUAAAAUCGGCACACUCCAAUUAAAAUACAGAUCUAUAUUUCGUUUCGCUCAGAAUAAUGAAUUUGUAUGAAAUUUUCAAUAUAAUCAUUUAUCAAUAUCUAUUU